AUGAACGCAACGAUGUACCUCCCCGUUGAUGGCAUCCUCGAAUUGUUCAACUCUCUCACCGGGCAUCACCAAUCAGGCAUUACGCACCCAGUUCUUCAGAGCACAGCCCUUACCCCAGUACCCACGAACCCCAAAGUCUCAAACAUAACCAAGACAGGCAUGGGCAUCAUCAAAACGGUUAAAGGGCACUUGAGACAACAAGAUAAAAGAGUGGUUGAAAGUAGAUCCAGUUCCGGCAACCGGCAGGUUUCAAGAGAUCGACUACCAAAAAGGUCCGUGGAUCUGCUGGAGCUGGGUCUGACCAAGCCCAGGAACUGUCACAGAAUAGUUGUGCUUGGCGCACCCAAAGUAGGUAAAACUAACAUCCUCCAGCAGUUCUUGGGUAAAGAAUUUGAAGAGCACUACGAACCCACAACCGAGGACUUCCACAGAAAACUGUUCCACAUAGGAGGAGAGGCAUACCAGGUCGAUCUUCUGGACGCUGCCAGUGAGAGGGACUUCCCUGCAAAACGGAGGUUAUCCAUACUGACAGGUGACACAUUCCUGCUUGUGUUCAGUUUGGACGACAGAGAGUCCUUCAAUAAAGUCUGUGAGCUGCUCAACGAGAUCAAAGAUGCGAAGGCAAAGUUACUGAAAUUAAAACAUCUCGCGAGACUACCGCCAAUCGUGAUAUGCGGGAAUAAAGCGGACUUGGAGACUCAGCGAGCCGUCAAUCGGUCCGACGUCACAGAAAGCAUCGGUGAGGAUGUCGCAUUCUUCGAAACCUCUGCUAAAGACGGUACCGGGAUGGAAGGUGCGUUCAGAGCCCUUGCCACUAUAGGCGGACUGCCUGACGAGACGAGUCCGUCACAGCAUCAGAUCGUACCGAUCCUUACCUACCAGUCGAUGUGCAUAGGCCAGCGAGGCAGGAGAGGGAGCCGGGGACUCGGUGCUCCAUGUGCCGCAGUGGACCCUCUGGCGCGCCGCCCGAGCUUCACCAGCGACCUGCGGCUGGUGCUGAGAUCAAGCACCAAACACAACAAACCCGAGAGGUGUCAGAUUCAAUGAAUUGUGAGCCUUCUUGAUAAAACCAAUUGUAGUAGUAUGCUACAAUGUCAUAUUAUGUAAGGAGUUAUACUCCGAGCACCUGGCUGGACCAGUGCAUUCAUCUUUUGUAUAUGUAAUUGUAUUUAUAUUAUCGUAUGAUAAUAAAAUAUGUAUUUCUAAUUG